CUUCUUCAGUUUUCCACUUAAUGUUUUUGUCGCUCCAGUUUUUCUGCGCUGAAGGCUACUCAUCAUUCUUCGUCUCAAUCAGCCUCUCCAUUAUACAUCUCUACACUCCAUCCUUUUUAAUAAUCUCCUUUACCAUUUCAUCUGUUUCCAUUUGUGCUUGCCCUUUCUCAUCCCUUUGUCUCUGAACUCUUUCUUGAUUUCACCCUGGUCUCAUCUCCACUUCACUACCUUCACUGCCUCUUCUUUUCUUUUUCUGUUCUUUCUCCGAUGGAGGCUGAGGCACUUUACAGUUUCAGAGCGACUGAAUGUGAUGAGAUCAGUUUCCAGAAGGGUGACAUCCUAAAGGUGACAAACAUGGAUGAUGAUCCGAACUGGUACACAGCUGAGCUGUUUGGUAGGCGGGGCUAUGUACCGAAGAACUAUAUCAAUGUAAGACCUCACACGUGGUUUGUGGGUGGAAUAUCACGGCAGGCUGCAGAAAAUCGUCUGAGACCGCUGGAGUGUGGAGCGUUUCUCAUUAGGGAAAGUGAGAGCACACCAGGAGAGUUCUCCGUGUCUGUCAGUUACGGGGACCAUGUGCAGCACUUUAAGGUUUUGAAAGAUAGAUUAGGGCAGUUCUUCAUUUGGGAUGAAGUCUUCAGCUCCCUCAACCAGCUGGUGGACUUCUACAAAAUCAACAGCAUUGCCAAAGAGAGAAAAGUCUUCCUGAAAGAGCCUGAGGGAUCAUUAGCUAGGCCACGUCAUGCCCAUGCCCUCUUUGACUUCACAUCUAAUCAUGCAACUCAUCUACGCUUCUUGCGCGGUGAUGUCAUUGACCUGCUCGACUGUUCGGAUGCUCAGUGCUGGAGGGGGCGGUGCCGUGGAAGAGUUGGCGUGUUUCCACCAGAGUACGUGCAGCCAAUUUACCACUGAACUUCAGCUAUGAGUGUCACCAUCCUGUACAGCUAAAGUUAAAGAG